GACUAUUAGGUGGAGCAGUUGAAGGCGGCAUUAAAAUCGAGUUAAAGUGAAAGUGAGCUCUACAGUUAGUCUGGAGAGAAACGUAAAGAAGGUUUGGAGAUAAUCACGAAAUGAAGUGUGUUUGUUUCAUGAUUCUGUUCUUCCAUCAUGCUUUCUCAGAAACUUUUCGGUUGGUUGGUCCAGAUGUUCCUCUAUAUGCAGUUACUGGUUCUGAUCUUGUUCUGCCUUGUUUGAUUGAACCCAAAACCAGUGCAGUGGACAUGAGAGUGGAGUGGUUCAGGCCAGACACAAAAAACUCACUAGUACAUCUUUAUACAGAUCACACAGUAAUUAAUUUAGGGCAAAUUCCAUCUUACAAAGGGAGAACAGCUUUAUCUGAUGAGAAGCUGGAGAAAGGAGACGCCUCACUGCUGUUAGCUAAUGUUCAAGUUUCUGAUGAGGGGAAAUACAAAUGUUACAUUGUCGCUGAAACCUUGUAUGAUGAUUUCACUGUUCAAGUAAAAGUUGAAGCUGUUGGAACAGAGCCACUGAUAACUCUGGAGAGCUUUGAUCAUUCAGGAGGAUUCAGUCUAUUGUGUGAAUCUAAAAACUGGAGGCCUGAGCCAGAGGUUCUGUGGCUGGGUGAUGAGGGAAUCAACCUGAGUGGUGGAGUAACAGAAACACACAGAGACGGAGAAUUCUUUAGUGUUCAACAACGUAUCACUGUACUCAACGGUGACGCAGGCAGGUUCUACUGCAGAGUCCAACAGAGACAUCACAUGAAGGAGACUGAGUUGAUCAUCUCUAAUCAGAUUUUCUCAGCAUGGAAAACUGCUGUUAUCUGUGUUUCAGUUGGAAGUUUGAUCAUGAUCAUAGGAAUUGGGUUUGUAGUUUUCAUGAGUUGGAAAGUUAAAAGAUGGAGAAAGGAGUACGCUGAGAAAGUGCUUGAAGUCCAAACAUCCCUAAAAAAGCCUGGUGAUAAUCGUCUACAUGGAGUUGAUUUUUCUCCUGUUCAGUGGGCAGCGGUGGUGGUUGCUUUAUGUAACUCAGAUAAGGAGCUGGAAGAGUUUAACCUGAAGAAAUACAUGUCGUCAGAUGAAGGGGUUCGAAGACUGCGGCCAGUGAUUCAAUCAACAAAAGGAGCUGUGUUGGCUGGUUGUGAUCUAACAGAGAAAAGUUGUGAAGUUCUGUCCUCAGUUCUCAGUUUAAACUCCUCCAGUCUGAAACAUCUGAACCUGAGUAACAAUAAACUGAAGGAUUCAGGAGUGAAGCUGCUCUCUGCUGGACUGGAGAAUCCACACUGUAAACUGGAGAUACUGAGGUUGUGGGGUUGUGAUCUAACAGAGAAAAGUUGUGAAGUUCUGUCCUCAGUUCUUAGUUUAAACUCCUCCAGUCUGAAACAUCUGGACCUGGAUAACAAUAAACUGAAGGAUUCAGGAGUGAAGCUGCUCUCUGCUGGACUGGAGAAUCCACACUGUAAACUGGAGAUACUGGAGUUGAGGAGAUGCAUUAUUACAGAUGAAGGUUUUACUGCUCUGGCUUCAGCUCUGAAAUCAAAUCCAUCAUCACGUCUGAGAGAACUGCAACUGUACCAAAAUUAUCCAGGAGAAUCAGGAGUAAAACUGCUCAAAGAUCUACAGGAGGAUCCACAAUGUAACCUGAAGAAACUAUACUUCUGAUUUUAAUAAAUGUUGAAUUAUGAGAAGAAGAAGAUGAAGAGCAGUGGAGAUAAACACCAUCUACUCUUCACACUGGGAUUCUAUAUGACGCUUUGUUCAGCUUCUUACUGCUCAAAUCUGUAAACAUGCUUUCUGUAUAACUAUGAUCUUCUCUCAUGACAUCACUUCCUGUACAAGAUCAACACUCUCAAACCUUAACUGCUGAUAGACCUUCAUCUCCUCCUUCUAUACGUCAGUACUGAAGCAAUGAAAUUGGAGAGUCCAUUCUGGUACCAGCUGAAUUAAUCUGAUAGAUUGAGUUAAGAGCUGCAAAACAGGGUGAGGGUCAAUGAGGACUUUUCUUUAGAAAACCCUGUAUUAGCUUGAUGCAUUAGCAUGCUGUUCACUAUCUAGAAAGAUAUCCUUUAUUUGUCAUAUAUACAUAUACAGAUGUACAGUACAAUGAAAUUCUUUCUUCGCAUAUCCCAGCUGGUGUUGGAAGCUGGGGUCAGAGCGCAGGGUCAGCCAACUUACGGCGCCCCUGGAGCAGACAGGGUUAAGGGUCUUGCUCAAGGACCCAACAGUGGCUACAUAGCAGAGCCUGGAUUUGAACCGCCAAUCUUCCGGUUGAUAGCCCAAAGCCCUACCCACUAGGCUACCACAGGCCCCUGACAUGUAAUGAAAGAAGUAAUGACAUGUAAUGAAAUCUGACAUGUAAUGAAAUAAAUUUAAAGCUGGAGAUGUUAUGAUUCUGCCUGGAGAACAUGAGGAGGAUUACUCAAGAGCCCAGAUAACCUCCAAGGAUCUUCACUGGGAAAUUACAGACGGUAGUGAGAUCUUAAGGUUAGAACGUCUUCCUACAUAACCACAAGAUGCUUUGAAAGAAACUUUGUUGAAUGGUCAGAAAAGACCUAAAAAGACAUCAAACAGUAGAGGUCCUGGGUUGAGGGGUACAUAAUCCCAUUUUUGCACCAUACAUUUUAACCAACUAACAAUAAAAUAGAUUGAAUUAGUUAUUAAUUAUUAAUGAUGUUAAAUAUAGAAGAUGAUGAUAAUGUAAAUAUUUGAUAAAAGAUGCAGUAAGUGUAGCAGUUCUGUUAAUGAUUAAUAAUAAUAUUAACCCUCUGACACAUAGUGGUCACUACGGUGGCGGCUAUUUAAUAGCUGUUUAUUUUUUUUUACAAGCACAGGUUUCCAUGCUUCAAAUGCAUAUCGACCUCUACAAUGGACACUACAGUUUCAAUCAUUUCACUUCUACACUGAUUUGUUGUUCAUUCUCCAUACAGGUGAUUUAAGUUUAUGUUUAUGAUUUUUUUCUUACUCCUCUGUAGUGCUGACAGUCUCCUCAUCAUCUUUUAUCAGAUGCACUUUAUUUUUCUGCUCUUGACAAUAAACACAUACACAACAAGA